AUGCCAUGCAAUAUCAAUGCGAUGCCUCGUGCCCAAACGCGGCCAGGGAUUGGGAUUGCCGCGUGUUUGAUUGCCAUACCAAGUCUUCAGUGUGGUGCGCCGCUGUUUGCGCGGCCUUGGUCGCGGGCUGUUCGAAGUUCGCAACUUUCCAAAUCUUGCCAAGCGGCAGCAUUGGGAUUUGAUCCGGACCCGAACGAAUUGAAGAAGCUUGACAGGGCCUUGCCCCAGUACAUGCUGGAUUUCUUUGAGGGUAAUGAAGUGAAAGCUAUGCGAAGGUGGAUGGAAACUUUGCAGUGGCGUUGUGAAAUAGACGAUGAUGGUAUAUUCACACGUCCGAACACGGAUUUUUUUAAGAUCCAGCGACAUUUUCCAACUUCUAUUCACCUUCCUGACAAAGCAGGUCGUCUGACUUAUUGGAACAGGGUUGGAAAUUGGGAUUCCUCCGGAUUGGACGAAGAUGGUUUGACAAUCGAGCGGAUCAGGGAUGAUUACAUUUGGCAGACGUUGUUCACGUGGGACAUCUGGUUGAAGCGCGAUGACAGGCAACAUUUGACCAUCAUCAUGGACAUGGACGGGUUUCGCAUCUCCCAAAUUACUCCGAAGCUUUUGCGCAUUUUUUCGGCAUCCUUCAAUGCUGUUCAAGCACACAUGCCUGAUCGAGAGCAUUUAGUCCUUGUCGUGAAUGCACCUGAUUGGUGGAGGACAGUUUGGUCAAUUUUCCGCCCUUUCUUGGCGAAGAAGCAGCAGGAAAGACUCCGGGUUUGCGUUGGGAAAGAUGAGUCCGUCGAGACACUUCGAGAGUUCAUUGAUGUGAAGAAUCUGCCAGAAGCUUAUGGCGGUUCCGGGAUCGAACUUGGUUCUGCACCUGCAAAUCUGCAAAGACAGAAGUAUGCUGCUGAAGGUGUUCAAGAGCAUCCUCUAGAUCAACUUAUGCCAUUCGGUCGUGUGGGACAAGUCGUAAAGGACGUAGUUCUUGGUGGCAAUGAGCUGCACGCUCAGCGCUGGCUUGUGACGCAAGAUGGCGUUCCGACUGGAGUACCCAGAUUGCAGCAGAAAAUUGUGAAGUGGGAACAUCAACCUGGUCACAAGCCCUUCACGAGCUACAAGCUUCCCAAAUGGGUGAAGCAUCCCGAUGCCCAAAAAGCCGCAAUGUUUCUGCAGCCGGAGGACUACAUGGGCUCCAAGAGAAGACACAACAUCCACUCCUGGAACGUGGCCCACAUCGGUGCGCAAUGCGCGAUGUUUGAGGGCCAGGGAUUCAAGAUGCUCGCGAAGGCCACGAGCGAGGAGAUCAAUGCACCGGACACUUUGGAGGGGUUUACGCCACUUCACUGGGCCGUGUUGUCGGACAACCCCAAGGCUGUGAUUUGGCUGCUGAAGAACGGAGCAGACAAGGACGCCAAAGAUGCGCAGGGAAGGACUGCUGAAGAUCUGAUCGAGGAUUUUUGGGGUGACUUUCACCAACGAUAUUGGGGACACUUUCCCAAGCAAGAUGGCCUUCCGCAGGUUGACAAGGUGUUUCCGAAGAGGAUAAAGCAAAUGAAGGAUGCGUUCAAGCUGACGUUUGCAGCCACGGACUCGGACCUUGACGGGUACAAGAAUGUUGACGUCUAA